AACCUGCCAACGACGGUGCCUCUGAUUGGUCGUGGCGCUGCAUUGGCCAAUAGCAGCGGCGUUUACUUGGCGGCGCGGGCAGCGCGUUGCUAGGGCUCAGGUGCCGGGGCGGCGGAUCAGCAAUCUUCACAAUGGCUGGUAUCGUGAUGGGGGUAGGACCAGGGAUUUUUAUCCUUGCUGUCAUUUGGGUUUUGUCUUUUUUGAUAUGUAACCUGCUGUCUCGAUCAGGAGGCGUGGUCAGCUGGCUUUCGAUGGUAUUGGUUUUCCUCCUGGCAUUGAUAAUCACCAUGAUCCUCAUCUUUUUUCCUCGAGCUAAGGAAACACCUGAACCAGUGACAGAAGAAGUGAUUUUCGACAAUUUCUUCAUUGGCCGCUAUUGUCUGCUGUGUAUAUUGAUUGCGGGAUUCCUGGCAGGCUUGAUUCUACUAUUCCCUCAUUACCUUGUGGAGCAUAUAGAAGCCAAACCCCUUCGAAGCUUCUGAGAAGCAAUCCACAGUCCCUGGACUCCGUCUGUAUUUGUAACUUACCUGAGUUUAUUUUUGAGAAAAAUAUCGAGUGGAUAUUGAAAUAUCUGUUGAGGAACAGCAGACAAGCAUUAAUGCCAAACCUUCUUUUAAAGAAAAGUCGAAAUGAAUUGUCUGUUUUUAUUUUUCUGCCAUUUCCCAAGGGUCCGUGGUUUUUGUUGAAAAAGGAAAUUAAAAGAUUUUCUUUGAAUUGAGCAGCACGUUAGUGAAAAAAGAUUAGUAUUGAGGACAUGUAGUAAUUAGAAGAGAAGGACUCCGAAAUCAUAUAAAUGUCAGCGCAAAAUAAGUCCAUUCUUGGUUGAUAUGCAGACAUUUUCAGCCUAAUUUGUCCUUUUUCUUCUCGUCUCUAAAUCCAUGUUGUCUUUUCAUACCCAGUGGCCACAUGAUACUUACUUAAACAAUUCUGGCCAAGUGUAGUUGGGUUUCAAUGAUAAAUAUUAUUGACGUUAUCAAGGGUUCAUGUGUAUAUUCAAGCAGCAUCACUGAAUAGUGAUCAGAUGUUGGCAUUGCAGUAUAUUCUUCCAAGGAUGAUGAAUAUAGAGACCAGACCAAAAACCAUUUCUGCUUUCUGUUUGAGAAUACUGGAAAAAUGAGCAAUAUCCUUUGUUUCCCACACUGCAAAUUCCAAAUAUCUAGGUAAAAUAAGAUGUGGCGAUGUGCAUAAAAAAACCUGAACAUGCAUAUGAGGCACGAUAAAUAGAAUCUUGACUUCUCACAAGCUUGAUUCUGAUUCACUAGUGAAUUUCUACCAAAGGGACUAACCUAGUGAAUCUAUAUUAACUGCAGACAUUUUGCAAUUUUGACCUGCACAACUUUUAGAUAUCUUGAGGCAAUAGAAGAGAAUACAGUACAGAUUUCCUGUUAUGACUGGUAUCUAAACAAAAGGCAACAUUAGAAUUUUUUUGUUGGAAUAGAGGAGGUUAUUUACUGGUUUAAAAUUAUGACUGAAAUGAUCAGAUUAAACAGAACCGACUGUUUCCAUUGGAAGAGGUACUUACAUUUAUAAAGUGACCUGAAUCUAGUCAAUGUUUCAAGGUUCUUCAGAUAUAUGUUUCCGCAAACAAUUGACACUAAAACAAGAGACCAAAAGCUUUGCCAAAGAGAUAGGUUAUAAAUGUACUCUGGGAGAGGUAAGGAGGUAGAGUGGUUUAGGGAGUGAAUUUACAAACUUGAAGGCGAGGGUACCAAUUAUGGAACAUUGGAAGGGUGAAAGUAUUGGAAUUGAAAAUGAGGAUGGGAAUUUUUAAGAUGAAGCUGUUGCACUACGGCAUGCAUCCUAGUAAGGAUCCUAGGGUGGGAAAUAUAACAGGAGUUGGGAUUCUAAGAGUUUGAUUAAAACAAAGAUUGUGGCAACAUUUGAGAAUUGCAGCUGAAGAGUUAUAUGUGGAAAGUAGGGUCAAGACAGCAUUUAAGAAGUGGCUCAAUUAACAUUUUAGUUGUUUAGGCAUAGAGGACUAUGGACCAAGUGCUGAGAAAGGGGGUUAAUAUAGGAGAGGUGUCCAUUAGUUAGUGUGGGUCCAAUUACCCGUUUUCAUGCUGUACAAUUCAAUGACUCUAUGACGUGGAGCAUGCAAGUGGAGUUGGAAUGACUUGUGAACAGAUUGGGCUGGACAGCCUUGUUCCCAUGUAUUUUAACCCUUCCUGCAUUUUGUGGGGAAAAGGUCUCUGGCUUUACUGGAUGCUGUUCCCCUAUAACAAAGGAACAAAGUGUUAGGAAUGGCUGGCUGAACAAUCAUGAAUCACUCCGAGGGACCAACCAGCUAAGAUUUUUUGCGAUUAACUAUUUAACGUGACUUUCUGUAUAUUACGAUUAUUUUAGGUUUUAGAGACUUAAUAUUUUGUGGCCAUUAUGAAUAAUAUUUUUUUAAUUCUGUAAAUAUACUGUUUUAUAUCACAAAUAAAUGGUGGAAGAUCUCAACCAUCAAGCAGC